CUCUCACGAUGUCUGUUCAUCGUCUACCAUACCCGUCCAAUGGUAGCUAGGUCUUCGGCUGUGCACUAAUGAAACAUCACCACCACUGGUGCUAUUGAGGACUGCCCACAAUGCGCACGUGUUCCAAAUAGGGCAAUUAGAUUGGUUUCGGCCAAUUGUCGAUGAUCUGAUUGCGCCUGGAUAGUGUUCAGCACAGUCGACUACAGCUGUGGCUGUCUUGGCUUUGGUGGCUACCGCAAGAAGACCACUACAGUGGCAGUCCACCAGGAAAUUGAUCUGCCGCAUCAUUGUAUAAGAAGGGGGAACAGCCGCCGUGAAUAGUUUUCUCACCACAACACAGCUUCUCUCUUCCUUCACACUCACUUCUAUACCUUCAAACGCUUUCAGCAACAGUCCUUCUUUUCAUCAAGAUGCAGUACCUCACUCUCGCUCUCUUCGCUGGCCUCGCCACUGCCCAGCUCGCUAUUCCUGCUCGCAAUGGCAAUGUCCAGGUCCUCAAGGCGCCCAGGACCAUCGCCGCUGGCAAGACUCAGAACUUCGCUUACCAGGAGUUUGACCGUGGCAUGAAGUGCGCUGACGGCGAUACCGGCUCCGCCAACGCCGUCUUCAUCCUUGAGGAGGGUGCGACUCUCGAGAACGUCAUCAUUGGUGCCAACGCUCUUGAGGGUGUCCACUGCAAGGGAGCUUGCACUGUCCGCAACGUCUGGUUCCGUGACGUCUGCGAGGACGCUGUCUCCGCGCUCGGCAAGGGCGAUGUCCUGAUCGUCGGCGGUGGCGCUCAGAACGCUGAAGACAAGGUCGUCCAGCACAACGGCAGUGGCCGCGUUACCAUCCGCGACUACCAGGUCGCCAAUGUCGGAAAGGUCUACCGCUCCUGCGGUGACUGCACCGGCAACUCUGGCAAGGGAGCCCGCCACGUCAUCAUUGAGCGUCUCCGUGCCACCAACGUCAAGACCAACCUUGCCGGUAUCAACUCCAACUUUGGCGACUCUGCUACCAUCAGCGGCUCCUGCGGUACCGUUUCUGGCGAGAUCUGCCAGCAGUUCCAGGGUGUCAACAAGGGCUCCGGCAGCAGCAAGGAGAUCUCUGGCAAGGACAAGUGCCUCGGCGCUCAGGGCAAGCUUGCCCGCGGUACUCUCAGCAGGUGCUAAGCUUCUCGCUCCGAGAAGUACACAGUGACGGCGAGCCGCAUCACGAACCAUGGUCGAUGAGGGAUGGUUGAAAUGGGGAUUCGGUCUUUAACCUUGUAAAUAUUACGUUCUUGUAUUUAGUUGACCUUUGUAAAUAUUGUAUUUUGAUCUUGACG